GCUGUAACAGCUCUUGAGCGGGCUAGUUUUCCACCCGUUAUUAUGGCGACAACGUCUGGGGGACCCAACAUCGGGACUCCCGGGACCAGCCAGAGUCCACACACCACUAUGGCACAGCGGAAAAAAGACGGGAGUCCGUCCGCGAGGUACUGGGAGAGCCACGACUCCCUGGUUCAGCUCGAGACGGUGCGACAGUGGAUCGGGAAGCAUUACAAAAAGUAUGUGCAGGCAGACUCUCCAUCCUGCCAGGCUCUAGCCUCCCUCGCCCUUCAGCUGCUUCAGUUCCAGGAGGAAGUGUUCGGCAGACGGGCCGAAAUCCGCACACACACCAAACUACCUUCUCGGUGCUUCCUGGACCUGCGCCCAGGAGGCGGGCUUUGCCACAUCCUUGGCUCAGCCUACAAGUUCAAGACUGAUCAGGGCUGGAGAAGGUUUGACCUACAGAACUCCUCCAGGACGGACCGUAACGUAGAGAUGUUUACUACUCUAGAGAAGACCCUGGUCCAGAAUAGCUGUCUGUCGAGGCCCGUCGUGUAUGUGGACCAGGAGGUGGAUCAGAACCUGAACAGCAGACUGGCUGACAUCGUCGCCAAACACCAGGGUUCGUUGACUGAGGACAGAACCCAAGCCUCUCACCACAUCUACCCCCGUCCAGCUGUCACAGACCAAGAUUGGGAGUGGGUGCGCCCUGUCAUGCGGAAGGACAACUAUGUGUUGGUGCACUGGGGCAGGCACCCUGACAGCUACGAUAGCUGGCUGUCCUCCAGUGACGUAGAGGGAGAGGUGCAGGAACCUCCACACACACACAGACCUUGGAGGGUGCACGCAGGCUGGGUGUUGGAUACAGAGGUGUAUAAUGAGUGGAUGAACGAAGAAGACUACCUGGUAGAUGACAGAAACGUUCCUCUCAUCCUCCGCCGGAGAGUCCAUGUCACAGACCAACAGGACCGUAAGUUUACUCCAGUGAAGAAGAGAAGACGCUCCCCCUCUCCUCCCUCUUCCGAUGGCAAAAAGAAAGGAGGAAAGAAGAGUGGUGGGUUUAAGAGGCGUGGGCCAAAGGAGGAAGAGGAAGAGGUAGAGGAGGAUCUGACUAAAGAUAUGGAGGAUCCAACACCUGUCCCUAAUAUGGAAGAAAUUAUACUGCCUAAGAAUGUGAACCCAAAGAAGGACAGUGAGAACACUCCUGUCAAAGGAGGGAUGAUGACUGACCUGGAUGAAAUUGAGGAUGACUCUCUGCUUCCUGGUGGAAGGGAGGAUGAGGAGGGCAGAGAGGGGCUGCGUCUGUCAGAUGGAGAAGACAACAUCACAGAACAAACUCACCACAUCAUCGUCCCGUCCUACACCGCCUGGUUCAACUAUAACUGUAUUCACCAGAUCGAGAAACGAGCUCUUCCAGAGUUCUUUAACGGACAGAACAAGUCCAAAUCUCCAGAGAUAUACCUGGCGUAUCGUAACUUCAUGAUUGACUCGUACCGGCUGAACCCCCAGGAGUACCUCAGCUCCACCUCCUGCAGACGGAACCUGACAGGAGACGUAUGCGCCGUCAUGAGGGUCCAUGCGUUGUUGGAGCAGUGGGGGUUAGUGAACUACCAGGUGGAUGCAGAAAGCAGACCUCUCCCUAUGGGACCCCCUCCCACCCCUCACUUCAACACACUGGCUGAUACACCCUCAGGACUGGCCCCGCUGCAGCACAGACCACUACAGGUGUCGUCCUCCCAGCAGAUGUUAUUCUUUCCUGAGAGAAGUGUAGAGAAGCCCUCAGACUCUCAGAACUUUGGCCUCAGAACAGACCUGUAUGCCAGGAAACACCCCAAGAGUAAAGGAACCAGUUCAGGGAGGGAUUGGACAGAACAGGAGACCCUCCUACUGUUGGAGGCGUUAGAGGUCUAUAGAGACGACUGGAACAAGGUGUCAGAACACGUGGGGUCUCGUACCCAGGACGAGUGCAUCCUCCACUUCCUGCGCCUGCCAAUAGAAGACCCUUAUCUGGAGGACUCCGCCUCCUCUCUUGGCCCAUUGGCCUACCAGCCUGUUCCUUUCAACCAAUCAGAGAAUCCGGUGAUGAGCACCGUGGCGUUCUUGGCGUCCGUGGUUGAUCCCCGAGUUGCCUCCGCCGCUGCCAAGGCUGCUCUGGAGGAGUUUUGUCGUGUGCGUGAGGAAGCUGACAAGGUUCUGGAGUUCCCUGCACUCAAUGAGGCUGAGAAGGCAGAUGUGAUGGAUGGUGAGAAGAUGGAGACUGACUCUGGCUCCCAGCAGCCUCUGCAGGUGGAUAGACAGACGGUUCUAGAGCCCAGUGGAGGAGAGCGAUCAGUGGAGGUAGAACGAGUUAAGAGAGAGAAUGCUGAAAUGACAGUCACAGAGGAGAGAGACGGCGAUAGCGGAGGGAACCUCGAGACAGACCGAGGGGAGAAGGAUGAGAUUGCGGGACGAUGGAGGGAAGUAGAGCGGGAUGAAGGGAGGAGACUAGCAGAGCUGGAGUUGGUAGAUGGGACAGUUACCACGGCAGCAGCUGCUGCUCUAGGCGCCGCUGCUACUAAGGCCAAGCACCUAGCAGCGGUAGAGGAGAGGAAGAUCAAGUCUCUGGUGGCUCUGCUGGUGGAGACUCAGAUGAAGAAGCUGGAGAUCAAACUGAGACACUUUGAGGAGCUGGAAACCAUCAUGGACCGAGAGAAAGAGGCUUUGGAGCAACAGCGUCAGCAGCUGUUGUCAGAGCGACAGAGUUUCCACUCUGAGCAGCUGAAACAUGCAGAGAUGAAGAUUCUACAGCAGAGAGAGCAGCAAGCACCAUACACUCCACAACAACACACAGGCCAGUCCAUGCCCAGCCAGAUGAUGCCUACUGGGGGAAACUCUCUCACCAUGGCCCCUCGACACCCUGGAGCUCCCAACGGCAUGUACCCACCAGCACAGCCUGAUGGGAUAGCUCCGACGCAGCCUGGUCCUCCAAGCACAGCCAUACACAGCCGGGGAGCAGAAACAUGAGACCACACACAGUACAUAUUUUGGAUCCACAGUAAGAAACAGUCAUGGUCAUACAGAUGCCUGGACAAGCAGUCAUGGAAUCUAAUCUUCACAUUGGACAGGUCCUCAUAUGUGACUGUCAUUUUGAUGUCAUUUAACCAUUGUUACACACACUUGCUUUUCUAUGCUUUAUUGACCAGUGCUGAAGAGUAUACUCAAAUUGUGUUUUAUAUGAAACUAUCGAUCUGUGUACGUGUCCAUUUUUAGUGUGUGUGUGUUCAAUGAUGUUGGAUGUGAUACACUAUUUUACAGGACAUUGACAUCACACAGAUACAGUACUGGAUACUGACCAACAAGUAUAAAAUAAAUACAUCACCA